UGGAUUUUAUUCAAGUAGCGACUUGUCGCCAGUAGAUGUUGCAAGCGUAGAAAACUCUUGAACACAGCAAGAAGUUCCGAUUUUAGGUUAAGAGCUUACUACGAGGUCUUUAAGCUUAAUUGAGAUAUCUGGUGGUUACUGUCUUGAUUUACAGCAUUUCUGCACUCAUUGUGAUAUAGAAGAGGUUAAUGGAUAAGCUCGGUUUUACGAAGCAGUUUGUGGUGCAGUGUUGAGAGAACUCCUUUGGCGUCGGUUCAUAUCUCUGCCUGGAGUCAGCUGGAGUCGAGAGUGGAGUAGUUGACGCUUUCAGGAUCGAGGUGGAGAGGAAGUUGCCAUUUCUUGUGUGUGCCUGCUGCGAGGAAUUUCUGUUCACCCGCAAUCCACUAAUCUCAAGGCGUUGCGAUACCACUAUCUAUUACUCGCCUGAAGAUUGGCUCCCAAAGGAUGUUCCUUUGCUGACUGACUUGCGCACCAUGCCUCCGUUGGAAGAUGAUACCGUCCGUCAGUGCAAGGCAUGGUGGUACGCUGACCAACAGAUCCGGACGGAAGACAUGACGAGGUUUGUGAAUGUUCCGGAUUGCGAAGAGGGCUACCCUUUGCUCAAGAGUGAGUUGCCACCAGGUAACCUAAUGGAACAGCAUGCGGAUCACCCCAAGGUUUACUGGCCCACAGAGGAGCCAAGAAUCACAUUGGGUUACUUGAAUUUCAUGUACUCUAAGCUUGUUCGGAUACUGAAAACUACGACAGACAUCGUGUAUAGGCAAAAGGCCGUUCAAUGGUGCGUUGAGAUGCUUUGCACCCCGGACUCUCGCGUGAGGUGUAUAUUGGCAGGUAUUCUCCCGCUUUUAGCCGAAAUGGCGCAGACAGAGGAGGACAUGUAUUUGAAACAGGAGCUCACCAUGUGUUUCAAAUAUGCUUCAGCCUCAACAGAAGCUUGGGAUGCGUUGGUGGACCUCAAAUGCAUUGACAAACUUGUGGAAUAUGUGGCGAGCGACAAUAAACUAUUAAGAGGAAAUGCUUUAAAUGCUCUUAACGAUUGCUGUCUUUCUGAUAGAGCACAAGACGUGAUUGUCAACAAGGGUUCAACCUUGAAGUUCAUCCUGGAGAAUAUUAAUAAAGAGACUGAUCGUAUGAAUACAAUUGCGGCUUUGGACAUCUUGUCAAAAUGUAUAAUCAAUUUGAACUACUGCGAGAAAGCAAUGGAGGAACUUUUAUCAGUUGAUGCUGUGUCCACUGCGCUGCGGUUGAUGGAUUCACGAUUUUUAGAUUUGAAGGAGUCCGCUACAAGAUUUUUGUGUCUCCUGUGCUUCCAUAUCAAAGGCAAAGACCAAGCUCUAAAGCAAGGUGCGAUCGAGAAACUUUUACCGCAUCUACAUCACAUUGAGCCCCGGAUUCAAGUCUUUGGUUUGGCUGCUCUUAUGAGUAUCACCAUUGCUGUAGAAGGGAAAUUCCGAAUUUUGGAUGCGGGAGGAAUUCCUUAUAUCAAACCCAUGUUGGACCUAACUGACGACGUCAUCUGUCUCUACAUUUUGCAAGAGCAAGGAAAAAAUUGCAGAACUGUAUUUCAAUAUUGCGAAAGAUGAUUACCGAGUCUACAUCGGCCUGGAUUAAACGCACUUGUAGACAAUGCAUCCAACAACUUCAGUUCACAUCGCGCCCUUAUCCUAACCUCAGAUUUGUGAGGUAAAUGCAGUCAGAUUACAACGCCUGCUGUGUUGCAACAAUCUAGUGGCAGUCCUUUACGCAGUUUUUUUUGCCUGUUGCAAUGCAUAUGACAAUGAACAGCUAAUAUGGGAAGUUAAUCCUCAUUCUAAAUUGAAUUUGGUCUAGUCGUGGUCAUAUUAUGAGAUUCCAACAGCAGUUUCGAGAGAAAUGAAUUAUUAUUAAACCAGAUGAUGGCAAUUUCGGUCACUUUUUCUGUGUGAGACCAACUGCAUCUAACUCCAAGCCUCUUUGUGAAGGUGUAUACAUUAACCUAUGUAGAAUUUGUAAACCCAGUCCAAACUAAAUGUUCUUCUGCCGAUCUCUGGUUUGAAACAUGACUCUAUAAACUGUCACCUAUAGAAAAUAAACGUUGGUGAUAAUGUUUCAGAUUUCUUGAGUAUUUGUGACUCGAACAAUGUGAGAGACAAUGUUUGUUACAUGUGAAUCUUGUGAGAUAGAAGUUUAUUUCUACUGU